UGCCUUCCACCCACAUGCCCAUCCCGCUGGCAUUCCUGCUUCUCCCUCGUGCAGCAGCAUCAUUUUUCGAGGGCUCUGUUCGGCCUGUUCGCUCCUUGAGGCCUCCCUGACUCGCGCUGUAGACGGUGUUUUCUGCUUAAUAUUUCAUCAUGCAUCGUUAUACCUGGGCCCUUGCUGCCCUGAGCUCUGUUUCUCCGGCCGUAGUGUCCGCUUCGCCCUUGGCUAAUCGCGGCCCCAGCUACGUCACGCACCAGGACAGACUCGAUGGAGUCAAGGAGGCUUUCCAGAGAUCCUGGGAUGGUUACUAUGAAUAUGCCUUCCCUAAUGACAGCCUGAAGCCCAUUUCCAAGACCUACGACAAUGACCGAAAUGGGUGGGGUGCGAGUGCAGUUGAUGCCAUCUCAACUGCUCUGAUUAUGGAAAACCAAGAGGUUGUCGAUCAGAUCGUCGAUCACAUCAAGUCGAUCAAUUUCAACCGAACAGCGGAUGGUGCCGAGGGUGUCUCGCUCUUUGAGACUACCAUCCGCUACCUAGGUGGAUUACUCUCUGCAUACGACUUCCUCACUGGCCCUUUCGAGGGAACAGUUGAUGAUGACUCAGUGCAGGCAAUCUUGGAUCAGGCCGUCAACCUUGCUGAGUUGCUCAGCGUCGCUUUUGAGACUCCCAGUGGUGUCCCAAUCAACGACUUGGUCUUCAACGGACCUGACGGCCCCGUCACGACGGACGAGUCCACUAAUGGAAUCGCUACGAUCGGCACUUUGAUUCUCGAGUGGACGCGCCUAAGCGAUCUCACCGGCGACGAUAAGUAUGCCAAACUUGUACGGGCUGGUGAGGAAUACCUCCUCAAUGUCAAGAACCCCGAAGUUGGUGAGCCAUACCCUGGCUUGAUCGGAACGAAUGUCAAUGUCGACGAUGGUACCUUCGCUGAUGGUCGUGGUGGUUGGAACGGCGGCACCGAUUCCUUCUACGAAUAUCUGAUCAAGAUGUACAUUUACGACACUGAGCGUUUUUCAUUCUUCAAGGACCGCUGGAUCGCUGCCAUUGACUCGAGCAUUACUUAUCUCACCUCUCAUCCCUCGAGCCGCCCAGAGCUCACUUUCCUUGCCGCUUACAACGGUGCGGGCAAGGAUAAGCUCAACUUUGUAUCAUCUAACCUGGCUUGCUUCGAUGGUGGAAAUAUCAUCCUAGGCGGUCUCGCGCUAGAUAACGAGGACUACAUUAAAUUCGGUCUCGAGUUGGUCGCGGGCUGCCACGCAACGUACGUCGGCACGGUGACAGGCAUCGGUCCUGAGAGCUUCCGAUGGCAAGACAGCAAACUGCCUUUGAACGCUAGCAACAACGCUGGUGCGCCCAGCAACCAAGCCUCAUUUUACAACGAGAAGGGCUACUGGAUCACGUCGUCAGCAUAUGUCCUGCGACCCGAAGUCAUCGAAAGCUACUACUACGCGUACCGCGCAACUGGAGACACCAAAUACCAGGACUGGGCGUGGGACGCCUUCCUCAACAUCAACAAGACGUGCAGCGCUGGUGUUGGCUUCAGCGCUGUUACCAACGUCAACGCGGCAAACGGCGGCUCCUUCUACGAUUCCCAAGAAAGCUUCUGGUUCGCCGAGGUCCUCAAAUACAGCUACCUCAUCCAGGCCGGCGAGGCGCCUUACCAAGUCAACGCCGAGCACAACAACCAGUGGGUCUUCAACACGGAAGCGCACCCCGUCAGGGUCGCUGGUAAGCCAAUCUAAUGUGGUAUGAUGAUGACUUCUUUUUUAAUUUGGAUUAUGGAUGGAAAUACCCUGGGGGAUAUAGGUUCACAGACGUCUUUGGCUUGA